UCGUCUUCAACCAAACUCCAACUCGAACUCCAAACAACAGCACAGCGCAGAAACCGAGAGCAAAGAAAAGUCUCCGCCUUUUUCGUCUUCGUCCUGUCCGCGGCGGAGAAAAUUACUCCCCCACAGUCGCGACCGAGCACUACGACGGCGCCGGCCGAGCAGACGCCGCCGCCGCGAUGCCGCCCGCCGCCAGCCCCGUCCCACCCUCCGCGGCGGCGGCAGCCCCAGCAGCAGACGACUCCUCCGCCGCCAACGCCGUCGUCGUCCUCGGCGGCAGGUACGAGCUCGGCGCCAUGCUGGGCCGCGGGGCCUCGGCGAAGGUGUACCAGGCCCGCGACCUCGUCAAUGGCGGCGACGUCGCCAUUAAGUCGUUCCCGAACCCGGGCUCCGGCGGCGGCGGCGCCAUCGAGCGCGAGGCGGCGAUCCUCCGGCGGCUGCGGCACCGGCACGUGGUGCGGCUCCACGAGAUCCUCGGCACCCGGAAGAAGGUCCACUUCGUCCUUGACCUGGCCUCCGGCGGCGAGCUCUUCUCCCUCGUGGACGCCUCCGGCCGCAUGGCGGAGCCCCUGGCCAGGCGCUACUUCCAGCAGCUGAUCUCCGCCGUCCGCUACUGCCACUCCCGGGGCGUCUUCCACCGCGACAUCAAGCCCGAGAACCUCCUCCUCGACGCCAAUGGCAGCCUCAAGGUCGCCGACUUCGGCCUCGGCACAAUAAUCUCCCCCAAUCACUCCAAUCCCCCCCAACAACAACAACACACGCUGUGCGGCACCCCGGCGUACGUGGCGCCGGAGAUCCUGGCGAAGCAAGGGUACGACCCGGCCAAGGUGGACCUCUGGUCCUGCGGCGUGGUGCUCUUCGUGCUCGCCGCCGGCUACCUGCCCUUCAACGACGCCAGCCUCGUCAACAUGUACCGCAAGAUCUACGCGGGCCGGUUCCGGUGCCCGCCGUGGUUCUCGCGGGAGCUCCGCGACCUGCUCCGCAGAAUCCUCGACCCGAACCCGGCCACCCGGGUCAGCGCCGACGGGAUCCUGUCCCACCCCUGGUUCCGCGGCGGGGCUAGCGAGGGCGAGCUCGCGGAUCUGAUGCGGGACGAAGACGAGGAAGAAGAGUUCAAGGAAGAGGAAGACAUGAUGGGCCGGGAGAUGACGGCGUUCGACAUCCUGGGCUUCUCGCCGGGGUCGGAUUUGUCGGGGAUGUUCGGGGCCGGGCCGGGCCGGGAGAGGGUGUUCGUGGGCGAGCCCGCGGCGAAGGUGAUGGGACGGGUGGAGGAGGUUGGGAGGAAGGCGGGGUUCCAAGUGAGGAAGAAGGAAGGGAAGGCUGGCAAUGGCGGCGGCGGUGGGGUGGUGUUCGUGGAGUCCGGUAAUGGCGGCGUUGUGGCGAAGGUGAUAGUGUUUAGGAUUGCGGAGGAGGUGUCCGUGGUGGAGGUGGCUAAAGGCCAUGGCGAUGAGGCCGCGAGGUUCUGGAAGGAGUGGCUCGAGCCGGCCAUGAAGGCCCCGGCGGCAGCGCUCUGAUGAGAGAGCUGCCGCCGAGGGGUGAGCCGGGCACGGCGCGUGCGUUGCGUCGCGUUGCGUUGCGUGCUUCUAAAAUUGAGAGAGAAAAAGAUGAUUGUUUUUGGUUCAGUGUUGGUUGGAACUUGGCAGUGUGAUGAACUGAUGACGCUGCUGAUUUGGGUUCUUUCGCGUUUUCUCUUGUUCUGGCCCGUGUUAAUGUGACUGCCACAUUGACUGAUGAUGCCAGCACCUCGGGCUACCUGUACAAAUGCAUCAUUUAUGAUGAUGCGAAGAAAUCCAUUGCCAACUGGAGACCACAAAAAAAAAA